AUGAGUGAGCGAUACGUGCAGAUCGGAAGCAAAGGGGCUCUACUUAUAAUGGUGCUCGUGAUCAGUGUCUGGGAGAUGUCCGUACCAACAGAAGGCUCGACAGCGGCGCACCAUGUCCGAACAGGCACCUGUGAGGUGGUGGCAUUGCAUCGCUGCUGCAACAAGAACAAAAUCGAGGAGCGAUCACAAACUGUGAAGUGCUCCUGCUUUCCUGGGCAAGUGGCAGGCACCACCAGAGCUGCCCCGUCAUGUGUAGAUGCCUCAAUAGUGGAGCAGAAAUGGUGGUGUCAGAUGCAUCCGUGCCUUGACGGUGAGGAAUGCAAAGUUCUUCCUGAUCUGAAGGGCUGGAGCUGUGCUACAGGGAACAAGAUCAAAACUACUAAGAUUUCUGCGGACAGAGACCAGCUUUGGUAAUGUCAAGAUACUUCACAGCAGAGUCCAGGUGAAUCAACAAUUCUUUAUUGGAUUAUUAAAGGAGAAGAGAGCAAUGC